AUGAUCGCAAUCUCGCAUGUCGGAAUUCGGACAGUAUUUUUCUCGGGUUUAUGGUUAUUCGUGAUCAUUGCUUUCUUUCACGUCUUUUACCGCGAAGAUCUCGCGAGUAACUCGGGACAAACGGAUUCCCUGUUAGAUACAAAAACGACGAUAAUGGUCACACCGUCACAACAACAAUUCAAGGAUGUCAAAGUCCGUGUCCACAGAGAGUUCAUCAUUGAUCCCGAUGAAAGAUUUUUAGCUUAUUUCGCCCACAGCGGAUUUCACAAUCAACGUGUGGCACUAGCAAAUGCAAUGUUGCUUGCUAAAAUAUUGAAUCGUACAUUGUUGAUGCCGCCGAUAUUAUUCGGGCCACCCAUUCCGUGGGUAAGAUUUGACAAGCUGUACGAAAAAUUGCUCGUGUCCACCAAAAUGGGCCUGGAACAUUGUUGGAAAAUACCGGAUCAGAUUCCAUUACCAGCCGAAUGUUUAAAUUAUUUUUCAUCCACGACCGUAUCCUGGGACUUCUUAUUUGACAUGGAGCCUAUCAGAGAAUGGCACAAGAUCAUAGAUCGAUGGGAACCUUCCUAUGGAUGGUUGAGUCAGAAUCUUCGCGUUAGUCUGGAUGAAGAUUUUCAUUUCAUAAAGGACACCACAUUGUUCGACUAUCGAAUCCAUGAUUCAUCGUUCGCUUCGCCGCAAAAUGUGAAAUACAAGAGGAGACUUGACAUCAAAAAAUUGGAGGAAAUUGACAAGAAAGUGUUACACCUGGGUUCCCUUUUCGGGUUACACAGAGUGACGGUCGAGAAACCGGAUAGC